UUGAUAAGUUGAGCGAUUUUUCAGUUUCCCGUAAUGGUAGGAAGGCUGUUGCCAGCCGGAAUCCAAAUCUAUAUUAAAUUGAUUAAAUCAAAUACAAAGAAUCCAAUUAAGACUGAUUUGAAUUCCACGCUGCCUAUAAAUAUCCACGAGUGAAAAACAUUUCAUUCCACCACCACCCUAGCUUUCUAAAUUAGAGAGAAGUGAUUUCUCAGAAACCAAUUAGAAACACCAAAUAGCGGCGGCGGAGAGAGAGAUAGAGGAUGGGCGGUUGGGCUAUAGCGGUGCACGGCGGCGCUGGUGUGGAUCCAAACCUCCCUAAUCAACGUCAGGAACAGGCGAAGCAACUACUCACUCGUUGCCUAAACCUCGGCAUCUCCGCUCUUCGUUCCUCUCACUCUGCCAUUGAUGUCGUUGAACUCGUCGUACGAUUUCCCCUUUUUUUUGGUUUGUAGAUGGUUGAUAACGACUACUUCAUCACCGAGGACAACGUUGGCAUGCUUAAACUCGCUAAAGAAGCCAACUCAAGUCUCUUUGAUUACAGAAUCCCGACGAUCGGCAUGGAAUCCACCUGCAGUGCCGCCGUGGAGAAUCCGCUUCAAAUGAACGGACUCCCGAUUAGCAUAUAUGCCCCGGAGACGGUGGGCUGCGUGGUGGUGGACAGCCAGGGCCGGUGCGCCGCCGCCACCUCCACCGGCGGACUGAUGAACAAGAUGUCCGGACGGAUAGGUGACUCGCCGAUGAUCGGCGCAGGCACCUACGCCGGCGAACUGUGCGGGGUUUCUUGCACCGGCGAAGGGGAGGCCAUCAUACGCGGGACACUCGCCCGUGACGUGGCGGCGGUGAUGGAGUACAUGGGUUUGGGGCUGCAGGAGGCGGUGGACUACGUGAUAAAGAAGCGGCUGGAUCACGGGUUCGCCGGAAUGAUAGCGGUUUCGAGCAAAGGUGAGGUGGCGUAUGGGUUUAAUUCGAUUGGGAUGUUUAGAGCUUGUGCUACUGAAGAUGGUUUCAUGGAAGUUGCUAUCUGGGAGUAGAUUAAUUUAUUAAUUAGCAGUAAUUCUAUGCAGGCUUUGUUUGUUGUUAAUUAAGGAAGGAUAAUUGGUACUUAAUUAGACUCCCAUGUUUUAAUUAAUUAAUAAACAGUAUGUAAGUGUUAUAUGUAUGUCUGGUCUUGCCUGCUCUUCUCAGAUUAUGAAAUUACUUCCAUAAUUGAAUCUUUUUUUGGUGUAAAUAUAGUAUUUUUUAUUUA